AAAAACCAAAAAAAAAACAACAAAAAUACAACAAGCAACAAGCGAGAAAAGAGCAGAAACGAAGGAGGAGAGAAAAAUUAGCCUGUUUUUGUUCUGAGAGGAGAUUACCAAAAUUACUUACUAGUAGUAAAUCAAUUUAUAUAAUAAUAAUAUUAAAGUAGAGGCUCGUGUUGCUUCUAUAGUGUACAUAUUGAGUCAACUAGGCUUUGAAAGAGAAAAUGGGUCAGCCUUUUCCUUGUUAUUCGGAAUCUGCAGUGAGUAGGUCUGAGAUGGUUUCGAAUAGAAUGGAGGCUCGUCAGGAAGGUUUGGAACAUUUCGACGAGCCAACCAUGGAUGAUUUAUUAAAAUACAUUGAGAAAUGUAAGAAGGGAGGAUCUACAUCAACCACACAAAAUUUCAUCAAUAGUUCCAUUACUGCGAGUAGUACAAAAGCAUCCAUCUCAUCACCUGAUGUAAUUCAACGAAACUUGGAUUUGCCACCAAAUAUUGAAACAAGUGCACAACCAAUUGUUGCUGUAAAUUCUCUACCUAACAUGACCAGUCAAAACCAUCAUUUACUCUAUCCAUCAUCGUCAUUUUCUAACUUGCGUAAUGCUGGAAAGGAUUUAUCACCAACUCAACAAUCAUAUGCCAUUCAUGGAAUCAACUUGGAGAAAUCGAUAGAAGUUCUGGAAAGUGUCUGGGAUGAUGAUGUGCUUACGAGUGAGGAACGUGAGAAUGUUACCCUGUUUAAACAAACUAAACGUAAUUUUACAGGAAAUGAACACUUGACGAAUGCAGAAAUACAAAACUUGAUUCUUCCAGACAGAUUCGUAUUGGAUGUAUUCCUAUCAAUGAAUGAGCUUACAAAAGAAUCCGCUGCUAUGAGCAGUUUAAAUAUUGGACUCAUCUUUUUGGAAGAUUUCAAUACCAUGGGAGAGGAAAGAGAAGGCAUUUUACCUCUAGCUCUUCAAGUGGGUACUGCCGUCCUCUUUUGGUCUUCAUCUAGGCAUGUUGUCAGUAAUAUCAGAACACAUACAAAUAGAAGAAAAUUAAAAUUGGUUCCCAUCUCCAAGAUUGAAGGAACUAAGAAAGUCUCAAUGGCUCUUAUUAAUAUUGCUAGAGUUUGCUGUAAAUAUAACGGCAAACAUUACUAUGACGAAUCCAAUUGUAAUAGUCAACAUUUUGUUUCGGCUGUAUUGUCGAGAUUGAAUUUAGAUAGUGUCAUUUCUAAUAAGUAUGGAUAUUUUGAAGAGUUGAAGCGAGGCCAAUAUAGACUGAAAUACUUUUAUUCCAAGGCAGUCAAGUCAAUUAUUAAGGAAACAGCUGAUGUGUUUGUGAAUAAUCCAAACUGGAUUGAAGAAGUUGCUACCUCACUUCAAGUUUCCAAGGAAGAGGUUGAGUUUAUUGUAAAUAACGAAGCUAUUGAAUUUAAAUCUAGAGCUCAAUUAGAUAUUUUUGGUAUUACUAUUUCACAUUUAUCAAUUAUUGGAGGAUUUGCUAAAAAGUACAGCUUGGAAAGAUCGACAGAGAUUGAAAACUUUUGGGUUAGUGAUACAGGAAGGGAGGAUUAUGACUUUUUACACAUUUAUGAUAUGGUAUUUGAUGCCAAAUCGAUUAAGGAACCUGAAAACCAAAAGUACAAGGCACUUUCCAAGACUAGCUUUUUCUUCUUUGACGAUGAUGCAAUGGUAACUGGAGGAACAGGUAAAGAAAUAGGGGAGUUACAAAAAGGUUACAGAAUUACAAUACCACACAGAACUAGAAUUAAUCAAGAUUAAAAUCACCAAAUUUUGUACAAAA